AUGAAGUGCAUCACAUCGUAUCCAGGGGUCAUUCGAACACUUAAUACUAUCAGGAAGGCUUUAAAAGACACAGAUGGUGCUGCUGCAGAUGAUGAAGAGACACUCCAACGGCUGAACCACCUUGGCGUCGUGCUCCCGCAUCUUCAAGCCUUACACUCAGAAGAGUCGAGCCGGCGCCAAGAUCAUGUCAUUUGGCACGCUGCAAACGCUUGCUAUGAGCAGCUCAAGCGUUUCAUAGUCAAGCAUGAAAAAUUGCUGCCAGAUAUUGGCCCAGCAGCGGACAAAUGUAAUCCUCGGACAGCUUUCCGCUGGACACAAUGGCCACUGUCCACGAGCACAGAAGUCGGCAAGCUGUGGAAGCAGAUCGAGCAUGAUCUGAUGGCCACCAAUCUUGCUCUCAGCGUUCAUGCUAUGUUGGUGCUUGCCUAG